GUUUCGUAACUCGCCCUUCCUAUAGGGAGGAGCCGGCAUAUAGGGUGAUGGGGCGGGAAAGACGGCUCAUCGCACGCUGCAAAGGGGAGAAAGUCUGAAACUUUGCUUGAGAAUGACUGGAAGUAGCAGUAAAAAGCACAGCAUGGAUGCAGAAAACCCCGCCAAGGAAACAGUCCUUAUUACAGGAGGAGGUGGUUAUUUUGGUUUCCGCCUAGGUGGUACCCUUUCCAAGAAGGGAGUAGAUGUCAUCCUCUUUGAUGUCACCGAGCGCAUCCAACCGAUGCCACAAGGAGUGAAAUUUGUGCAGGGUGAUGUCUGCGCGCUCUCCGAAGUGGAAAGGGCGCUCCGAGGUGUGACCUGCGUCUUCCAUAUUGCUUCCUAUGGGAUGUCUGGCCGGGAGCAGUUGAACCGAAAACGUAUAGAAGACGUCAACCUCAAGGGGACAGAAAACAUAAUCGACGCUUGCAGGAAAGUGGGUGUCUCAAGGCUGGUUUACACGAGCACCUACAAUGUGGUGUUUGGGGGCCAAGUGAUCAAAAACGGGGAUGAGUCUCUCCCUUAUCUCCCUCUUCAUCUCCACCUUGACCAUUACUCGAGGACCAAAGCCUUAGCUGAGAUGAAGGUUCUGGAAGCAAACGGAAGCUCCCUCGAGGGAGGGCGAGGGUUGCUGAGGACCUGUGCCUUGAGACCUGCCGCCAUCUAUGGGCCCGGAGAGCAGAGACAUCUGCCGAGGAUCGUUGGCUACCUCGAACAGGGCUGUUUUCAGUUCCUGUUUGGGGAUCCCGGAGACCUAAUGGACUUUGUACAUGUGGACAACUUGGUGGAAGCUCACAUCUUAGCUUCCGAAGCUCUGGGAGAUAGUAAGGGUCACAGGUCAGCUGGUCAAGCUUACUUCAUUUCAGAUGGCAGGCCAAUCAACAACUUUGAUUUUUUCCGGCCUUUCGUAGAAGGCUUAGGCUACCCCUUUCCGACUUACCGCCUCCCUCUGUCUGUUGUUUACUUCUUCGCAUUUCUCACCGAGAUGGUGCAUUCCGUGGUCGGGCGCUUAUAUAACUUCCAGCCCUUCCUCACUCGCACAGAAGUUUACAAAACUGGCGUCGCUCAUUAUUUCAGCCUGGAAAAGGCCAAGAAGGAGCUGGGGUACGCACCGUGUCCUCACAGCAUUAAAGAAUCAGUCGAGUGGUUUAAAUCUCAUGGCUAUGUCCAUAAAUCCAGGAAGUACACUGCAAAACAUUUAUUUAGGGACGUGGUACUUGUCCUCCUGUUUGCAGUGGUGAUACUUUCCUGGUUCCCCAGAGUCGUCUGAUGGGAGAGACCAGAUACUAGCAAGGAGAGGCUAGUAAAAUAAGAACGUGUCAGGAAUCAACCCUUCUUUGCUAACCGGAUGUAGGAAUAUCUUAAGGCAGAUCCACACCAUACAUUUAAAGCACAUGACCCCCCCCACAAGAAUCAUGGGAACUGUAGUUUGCUAAGGGUGCUGAGUAUUGUAGUUCUGUGGAAGGGAGACUUCAGUUUCCAGGAUUCUUUGGGAUUGCUGCCCUCCACCCAGGCAAGCUAGAGGAAUAAUCAAAGUGCAAAUAGGCAUUCCAGCCAAGCAAAACCACUUGAGGUGGAGGCAGGGCAGGCACAGAAGUCUGGCGCCAGGAAAAUCCUGAGGGCCAAAUAGAGAGGUUUGGAGGGCCACGUUCAGACCUGAGAUUCCCCACUCCUGGUGCAGACAGUGCUGAGCUAGAUGGCCCAAUGAUCUGACCCCUGUUCCUACAUUAUGUUCUAUUAUAGAAUUGUAGAGUUGGAAGGGACCUUAAGCCGUCCCUGAGUGG